AAUUAUAACCAGCGUAUCAAUUAUUUAAAACUUUGUUAUUAAUGGUUAGUUCAUAUUUAAUAUGCUCCCCCAUAAUAAUGCUUAUAAAUUUAUUCUAAAUGCUUGUAACUAACAGUGCACAGAAAGAAUUAGUUGAAACUGAAGUGCAGUUUUAGACCACUCCUCUACCAAGGUAAUGUCCAUUGUGCUAUAUUUCAAGCAUAUUUUUAGAUCCUGAUGCAGAUGACAGCCCUUCAAAAGCUAAAGUUCAGCAUGUGGAUACAUCACUUAGUAAUGAAGAAAAAAAAGGCUGUAAAAUUAAGGAUGGAAGAAUGCCAGACCCUAGUCUAGAUGAAAGGAAUGUUCAAGAGGAGCAGGAAAAAAGUCAGAAAAAACAGGCAAAACCAGAAGAGAAGUUUGAACCUAAUAGAGAUAUUGAAAACAGCAAAGGCAACAUGGAUGAAGAGAGCAGCAAAGAUUACAACUCAGAAAAGUGUGAGACCACUAAACUAUCUCAGGAAGACAAUGAGGAAGUUGAGCAAGAAUUUACAGCAAAUCCUGAAGAAUUCACUAGUCAAGAAGAACUGUUGAGUUAUUUGCAAAGAUACUGAAUGAAGAUGACGCUUCAUUUAUCCUAGAAGUUACACAGACUCUUACAGAUGCGCUGGUGGAGUAUUGUCAGCGGGCUACAUCGAACAAAGUAAAGUGGAUUUUGGUUUGGUUUUGUUCUACUAAUCUGUAGAUUCCUUAGAUUUCUGUGACUGCACAUUUUUACUAUUGCAGAUAGCUUAAUUAAAAUUGCUGUUAAGACUGUAUUGUAAGUGUUGCCCAUUAAAUAUCUGAACGUUUGGAGUGAUGAUAGGAAAAACGUAAUCUUUUCUGUUGAGGAGUCUUAAUACUUUCUGUUCAAGUGUGCUUGCUUUUGUUUUUAGGCUUUCUAUUUUAAUAGAAGCUAAAAAUCUUCAUGUCUCUUUCCCCCAUACUUUUCCUUACAUCCAAGUUCUUCUGCUACUUUUGUCCCUUUUCAAUUCCAGCUCCAGCUCUUCUCAUCUCUGCUGGCCUCCCUGACACUCUUGUUCUAUAUCUCAUUUCCAUUCCCAGCCUUCACUUCAUUCACCACGUAAUCAAGCAUCUUUUUAAUACAGUUUUUGUUCCUGCUCUUUGAACUGUUCCCUUUAAGGUUUCUUUCUUCCUCCACUAUUAGAAAACAAGUUUUUCCCUACUGCAGGGGUUACCACUUAGGUUCCCUAUUCCUUCAGCUCACAUUUGGUUAUACCAUAAUCUCAGCAGUUUCCAUGCCUGGAAUUACUGUUUGCUCAUUCCCCCAUUGUCAACAGGGAUGGGAGGAACUUUCCUCGUGUUUGGUGAUCUAUUCAACAUUUUUGUCAUAGGAAACAUUGUUCCUUAUCCCUCUCAGCAUUUCUUGCAGAAUUAUCAGUGUUGAAGAGACUUCUCAUUGACCACAACAACUACUUCUGCCGCUAAAGCUGACCCUUUAAGUUAAAAAGUAGUUAAAAAGCUGAGGUGGAAAAUGCCAAAUGAGGGUAAGGACCAGCCAACAAGCUGGAGAGAAUCAGAGGUGACAGUCCAAGAAAAAAAAACACCAAACCACUGUAUUAUUGUUCUUUUGUCUUCAAGAACAUUUCUUAAUUCAGGAUUUAUUAUAAAGUUUAUCUUUGUUCCCCAUAUGCCAUCUUUGCUCAAUUGCUUUCUUUCUGCCCCAAAACUAGUACUUACUCCAUGCCUUAGUUCUCAUGUAUUGCUUUUUACUUCCCCAUUAAGCUUACUUUCAUCUUAUUCCUGUUGUUUUUUCCAUCUAGGAUUUUGCUGGUUUAUUCAUAUGGAAAGAAGCCUGCUACUUGUAGAAAAAUAAAAUGUUUUUCCCACAU